UUUUUGCCCCUUCUCCUUCAGCCUUUCUUCCCCAACGAACGAUGCGUUCACUCAGCAGCAGGAGUUCAUCGUUGAUUUCGAACUAGCUGGUUGGGGGGCAGUGAUGGAAGAUUUCUGUUCUCUCUUGGAGAUGCUUUGGAGGCCGUUGAUUUUCUUCUGGGGAGGCGAGCUGCGAAUCCAACGGCUCUUACGGUUUAUGAAAUUGUCUGUUCGUUGUGAUAUUUUUCACAGAUUCUUUUACAACCUUCAGGCAUCUUCUAUCUCUCUUGGCUGCGAAUUCUUGCAUCCUUUGUCUUCGGAAUGUGGAGACCAAAACUUAUUGGAUAUGAUGAUCAAUUCGGUGGUUUACAGUGUAUAUUGGUUGAUCAAAUGGUGGUCUUUCGUUGCUUUGGAUAGAGCGGUUUGGUCGGUGUUUUCAGUUCUGUUAAGCAAGGGGUGAGUUUCUAGAGUGAAAUUUCAAUUAAUUGUUUUAAGUUUUGUGAAUAGAGCAUAGGAAUUCGCUAAUGGCAUCAAUUGACAAUUGGUUGGUGUUAAUUUGUUGUUGUAAUGAUAGGUUCAGAUGAUUACAAUAUUUGAACAUGUUGGUAAAUCCUUUGAGUAUUUUGGCAA